AAGUGUAUUGACUCCUCUCCUUCGGUCUUGCACAGGUGUACCGGCUCCUCCCCUUCAGUCUUGCACAGGUGUACCGGCUCCUCCCCUUCAGUCUUGCACACGUGUACCAGCUCCUCCCCUUCAGUCUUUCACAGGUGUACCGGCUCCUCCCCUUCAGUCUCGCACAGGUGUACCGACUCCUCCCCUUCAGUCUUGCACAGGUGUACCGGCUCCUCCCCUUCAGUCUCGCACAGGUGUACCGGCUCCUCCCCUUCAGCCUUGCACAGGUGUACCGGCUCCUCCCCUUCAGUCUUGCACAGGUGUACCGGCUCCUCCCCUUCGGUCUUGCACAGGUGUACCGGCUCCUCCCCUUCAGCCUUGCACAGGUGUACCGGCUCCUCCCCUUCAGUCUUGCACAGGUGUACCGGCUCC